GUCGGUAUAUAAGAGAACGGCCCGGCUCGCCCGGGCGUUCAGUUGGGAGCAGUCUCUCUUACUGUUCGCUUCGCAAGAUUUCGUAAUUUGGCAUAAAAUAGCUUAAAUUAAGAGUCUUAUAGAGUUAUUAACAUUUUUUUUUGUUAGACGUAAGCAAUACCACGUGUGACAAAUUCAGAGACCGCAGUAAUCACUUUCGUCUCCACACCGAAUAACACCGACGAUUUUCCUGCUCGAGGGACCCCGGCCUUCUUAUCGUUUAGUUAUGAGUCAUGUGGCCGUCGAAAAUGUUCACGGUCUAGACCAGCAGUUUGCUGGCCUAGACUUGGAUUCUGACUCUCAGGGUGGUGGCACUGCAACUAAAGGCCGUUACAUUCCUCCUCACUUGAGAAACAAGGAAGCUUCAAGACAAGGUUAUCCAAGGUGUCAGUACCCAGCUGUAGAUGUGUAUAAGGGCUACGGUGAUUGGUCCCAAAGAACUGACUCAGGUUUGGACUCUGGACGAGGUGGAAAUGGCUACGCUAAUGGCACUCAUGAUGACCGUGACAGUCGCAUGAAUGGAUAUGCAAGUAGAGGAUCCGGCCGCACUGACAAAGGAUUUUAUGAUAGAGAGAAUACUGGAUGGAAUUCAAGAGACAAAGAUGCCUACAGCAGCUUUGGAUCACGCAGUGACCAAGGAAAAGCAGGUUUAUUUAAUGAUCGAGGAAGUGGGAAUCGGAGAUCUGAUGACCGUCGCAUGGAUAGCUUUGAUGGCGUAGCUGGUCGUAGUGACAGAUCUGCCAUUGGUAGAUAUGAUCGUGGAAACAGCCGCUGGAACGACGAACGGAACGAAGAAGAUGAUUGGUCAAAGCCUCUAGCACCAAACGAUCGUGUAGAGCAGGAGCUUUUCUCUGGGGGCAAUACAGGCAUUAACUUUGAGAAGUAUGAUGAUAUUCCAGUUGAAGCGACAGGCUCAAAUUGCCCUCCACAUAUUGAAAUUUUCCAUGAUGUCAACAUGGGAGAAAUAAUCAUGGGAAAUAUUGCACUCACUCGUUACACUCGACCAACCCCAGUCCAGAAGCAUGCCAUUCCCAUCAUCAUAGGAAAGAGGGACUUGAUGGCAUGUGCUCAGACAGGCUCUGGAAAAACUGCAGCAUUUUUACUACCCAUUCUCAGUCAGAUCUAUGCAGAUGGUCCUGGAGAAGCAGUGAUGCACCAAAAGGAUAACGGACGAUAUGGAAGGCGUAAACAGUUUCCACUAUCCCUUGUUCUGGCUCCAACAAGAGAACUCGCAGUACAGAUUUAUGAGGAGGCCAGAAAGUUUGCCUACAGAUCCAAGGUGCGUCCUUGUGUUGUAUAUGGGGGAGCAGAUAUUGGGCAACAGAUCAGAGACUUGGAGCGAGGCUGUCAUUUGCUUGUUGCCACUCCUGGGCGCCUUGUUGACAUGAUGGAACGAGGAAAGAUUGGCCUGGAUUAUUGCAAGUAUUUGGUGUUGGAUGAGGCUGACAGGAUGCUUGAUAUGGGGUUUGAGCCCCAAAUUCGACGAAUUGUUGAACAAGACACAAUGCCUCCCAAAGGUGUCCGUCAAACUAUGAUGUUCAGUGCCACUUUCCCCAAGGAAAUCCAGAUUCUUGCUCGUGAUUUCUUGGAAGAAUAUAUCUUCUUGGCAGUUGGCAGAGUGGGCUCUACAUCUGAAAAUAUUACACAGAAAGUAGUCUGGGUAGAAGAAAUGGACAAGCGGUCAUUUUUAUUGGAUCUCCUCAAUGCCACAGGUAAAGACUCAUUAACGUUGGUGUUUGUGGAAACAAAGAAAGGUGCAGAUGCUCUUGAGGACUUCUUGUACCAUGAGGGUUAUGCUUGUACAAGCAUCCAUGGAGACCGCUCUCAGAGAGACAGGGAGGAAGCACUUCAUCAGUUCCGUUCUGGAAAAAGCCCUAUUCUCGUUGCCACUGCUGUUGCAGCCAGAGGACUUGAUAUUUCAAAUGUCAAACAUGUAAUAAACUUUGAUCUGCCCAGUGACAUUGAAGAGUAUGUACACAGAAUUGGUCGUACAGGUCGUGUUGGUAAUUUGGGUCUUGCAACAUCAUUUUUCAAUGAAAAGAAUAUAAAUAUAACAAAGGAUUUAUUAGAUCUUCUGGUGGAAGCGAAACAAGAGGUACCAUCCUGGCUGGAGAACAUGGCUUAUGAGCAGCAUCACAAGACCAGUAGUCGUGGACGUUCAAAGAGUCGGUUUAGCGGUGGGUUUGGUGCCAGAGACUACAGACAGAGCAGUGGCUCCAGCAGCGGCUUUGGCGGCAGCCGUGGAGGUAGGAGCAGUGGUCACGGAGGCAGUAGGGGAUUUAGCGGAGGUGGAUUUGGUGGCUUCUAUAACAGCGAUGGCUAUGGCGGAAAUUAUGGUGGAAGUUCCCAGGUUGACUGGUGGGGGAACUAAAAUUGGCUGCAAUAAAAAGGACUGAACCAAACAAGCUAAUAUGGAAACCACAUGUAACUUAGCCAGACUAUACCUUGUGUAGCUUCAAGAACUUGUACAUUACCAGCUGUGAUUCUCCACUGAAUUUUCUUUUCAUGGGAGCUCUGGGCCAUGAAGAAAACAAGCGAUGGGAAAAAAAGCCCUACUCUGAAGGUGUUGGAAGAUUUCAUUGCUGUAGUUUUUUGGAUUAAUUCCCAAAUCCACCCUUUCCAGCAACUGCAUUUAUUUUGACUGAGGAUAAUUUGUUUGUUAAUGUACUGUGCCUUUAACUUUAGACAACUUUUUAUUUUGAUGUCCUGUUGGCUCAGUAUUGCUCAAGAUAUAAAUUGAGACAGAAUAAAUUUAUUGAACUUGGGCGAAAUCAAACCUUGGCACGCAGGUGUGAUACAACCUCAAAACGGGAAUCGUUUCAUCCAUGCAUUUUCAAGUUAAUAUAAACUUGUGCAGUAAGCCUCUAUUAAGCCUGUUAACAUUGCAAAAGAUCUUGAAGCAUAUCGGAGUAGUUUCUAAUGUGGCUAACUGUACCAAGUUAUGUUCUGAUUUGCUCACUCUAUCCUGGAAAGGUACUUAGAACCUGAAGUCUUUUCAAUAAGCCAUUCCAGUCACAUAGGUGUGUGAGCUUCAUACAUGUGAAGCACUGUUUUCAGAGAAUGCAAUACAGCAAUUCCUUUAACAAUGUUUAGGCAGAAAAGUUAACUUGUGAGCAAGCCAAUAAUGGGCUGAACAUUACAGGGAACGUUAAGCGAUCUGAAACUUGAAAUAGUUUUUAGGAGGUAUCAUCAUUUAAAUUUAUUUAUGCCUGUCAUAAGAAGAAAAAACAUGGCAGAAUGGCUGACCACAGCAGUAUGUGGUUCUGUGACAGGCCUGGCUGAUUUUGGUCUAAUAACGCAUGCUAGUGUUGAUGUUUUUUGGUCAAGAGGGUAUGAACAGUAUGAAUUAUGCAGCAGACUUUAUUUUAAUGCAGAUUCACAUUACUCUGUUCAAGCUGCGUUGAAAGGUUACAAACAUACUUGGCUUACAGUAGACUUUGUAAAAUGGCUCCAGAUGAGUAAAUUCAACUCGUAAGAUCAAUGGUGGAAAAAUGUACAUGACUGCACAAGGUGUACAAUCUGCUAAUGUGUGCAGUUUAGUCAGUUUUAGUUGCAUAGGUUUCCAUUGCAUUUAGUAUGGCAGUGCUAAAUCUGGCCAAAGAGUAAUUCCCAACAAAAUGCCUCUGCCACUUUUUCUUGGCCUACAAUAUGUAGCUGAAUAAAAACAGCUUUGUGGCAUAGGAAUAGCAAAACAAAUCUUAACGUGCAAUAGAUUUUACAAGUGUUUUUUGUGCCUUGCUCUAAAUCUUUUUGUAGGUGCACUUGACAGUAUUGAGGUCAUUGUUAUGGUGCUAUUUAAAAUAUAGAUGGCCCUUGUACAUUUUUGCCCAUAACUUUCUACAAAACUUCUUUUAUUGCACAUUCAGAUAAUUUUUAUAUAAGUCUUGUGUACGUGUCCUUCAAAUCUUUUUAUUUUUGUCUCUUGGCAAAAAACACUGCUUAGAGUCUAGGGCAAGACUGAGACUUAUUUGGGACCAUGGGAGUGAUAGAAGGGGGAAGCAAACUAUUUUGCACAAUGGAUUUCUAGAUACUUUUUGCUGCUAGUUUUGUGUAAUAUUUAUUGAACAUUUGACAAAUAUUUAUUUUUGUAAGCCUAAGUGAUUCUUUGAAAGCUUAAAGAAACUUGACCAAAAGACAGUACAAAAACACUGGCACUUGAAUGUUGAAUGUCAACGUAUGCGUGAAAUUAUAUAUUUCGGGGUAGUGUGAGCUUUUAAUGUUAUAAGUCAUAUUAAACUCUUAAGUCAAAUUAAGCAGACCCGGUAUUGGCUGAGCAGCCAUAACUUUUCUGGUGUAAUUAAAAUUGGCAACUUAAAAUUUAAACAUGCCAAGGUUUUGAUGCACUUGUCUUAAGAUAUUAAUGAAACACUUCAAAACACUGUUGUGAAGUGUCCAGAUUCUCAGAUGUUUGUUGCGUGAGUUUUGUUUAGUUGUGUGGUUUUUUUUUUUAUUAUUUCAGUGAAUGUCUGGCACAUUGCAAUCCUCAAAACAUGUGGUUCUUUGUCAUACUGGUAAAUAAAAAUAAAAUCAGUGACUUGUCUUCAAUGAUUACAUAUUAGCAAGUAAAUUUGGCAAUACCUAUAUAACAUGAGGUUCACAAAUUUUAUAUGCAAAGAAUGGAUUCAAACUUGCUAAAUGUCAAGAUUGACCCUCAAGUCGCUAUAGUUUAGUAAUUGCUUAUUGUACUAGUUUAGAUGCUUAGCACUGCAUGUGCUGUGCAUUACUGAUUUUAUUAAAAUAAAAGAUGAAUAGCAA